AGAUCGUGCAAGCUAUAGGACGUGGGGCUGCAGGCUACAAUAAACGGCUGCCUUCGGGUUCUGGGACAGGUUGUAUGGAGUAAUAUGAUGGGCCUUGAAAAAGAGGAUCCAUAAGUGCAUGGCCAUUUUUAUCGCUACCAGUCUGCCAGUUAACCAGCUCACAGACCUAGUGCCUGGCCGGUUCAUUUACUAAAGAUGUAGGGAAGCUUUCGAGAUACAUACUACUCCCAGUAGAACUUAGUGAGGCUUAGACUUCUAUCCCGUUGCCACCCCAGGUGCCAAUCCUGAGAAAAUAGGCCAGGGUGUGCUUGAUCUCGAAGAAUAUAUAUGAUAUAUGUUCUCUGUAUAUUUCACCCCUAAAAGGGAGGAUAACUCUCUUCGAGUAUAAGCACAAUACUCCAUCAUCUCUUCAAUUCAUACCAAACUACUGUUCUGUUCUAUCACGACACAAUCGACUAUUACUUAGGUCACUCAUCUUAUUACCUCCAAGUUUCAACAACUACCAAGCCCGUCAUGGACACCAACACCAGACCGGGGAUGUCUCGGAAGCAAAAGCUGAAGGACUCGUGUGACGCGUGUUCCGCGUCCAAGGUUCGCUGCACAAAAGAAAAGCCUUCGUGCGCAAGGUGCACAAGACUCGGUAACAGAUGCUCAUAUAGUGUGACCCGGCGGAUGGGAAGGCCAUACCCCGGAGGUCGCACGCAGAGUCGGACACAAGCACAAGCACCGGAGAACACACCAUCCUCAUCAUCAUCACACUCACACCACGGCAGUAUCUGCAGAUCUAGGGCCCACCAGCGCUCCAUGAGUCGAUCUUCACCAGAGUCACAGUCGCCCCCGGGGAGUUCCUAUUCUAGUGCAGAAGAACACGCACUGAAUAACAUCUACACUCUUCCUCUACCCAUGCCAUCUCCGAGCUUUGACGACUUCGUGGUGGGUCCCGAGAUAUCAGAAGACCUUUCCUACACCACCGACUGUGCCUCAUCGUUGAUGGACAUGAUGCACCACCUAAGCUUACAACAACUACAAACCGACACCCUAUGCACAGCGCCUGGGUUCCUGACCCAGUGCUACAAGAGCAUCUGCCGCAUCUUAAUAUGCCCCUGCUCGCAGCGGCUUGAGAUAGUCCUCUUGGCCGCCGCUGCCUGCAACACCAUUCUCGACACAUUCACAUCCCUGAUCCGUGAGACACGGACGAACGGCACAGACGAGGAAGGAAACUCCUCGCGGUUACUGUCAGAGCUUAGGCAGCUAACAAGGCUCAUGCUGCAGUAUACGCGACGGUAUAGCAACGAGGAAGAGAGCCAGAUGGGCGCAAUCGUGCCUGAAUUGGCCAGCGAGCUGAAGCUAAGGCUCCAAGCUACGAUAGACGAGGCAGCAAGCCUACAGUUUCAGGUUGUUUAGGUACUGGGAACGGGAAGGACUAUCUUUAUAACCUUUCUAGGCAUAGAAGGGAUGGGUUCAUUCAUUUGAUUUGAAGGAAGGAAAAGGGACAGUGAUACCAAGAUCAUGAUCUUCAUGACAUAGCUUCGGGCGUUUUUAGGGAGUUUAGAGACGAGAUAUGAAGCAGAUGUACGAUCAGAUGUAAGAUCAACUCUGUAUUACCACUUGAUAGCUAGAUCUCGCGAUGUUUAGAGACAGAAUCAUACAAGGCUCAAGCCGACACUUG